CUCCUCCAUUAAUUUCCUCGUUCCGGCCACACUCGAUCACCAGCUGUGUUCUUCUCGCACGAUGAAGUUGGCUGCUGUUGGGCUGAUCACCACCGCGCUGUCCCUGUCCCUUCCGCUCGCUGGCGCUUACCGUCCGCUCGCCGGUGACGCGGGCAACCGCGCCAACCUCACCCAGAUCCUAACCCCGGAUCGGCCAUUCCAGACCUUCCUCAGGUACCUCAACCAGACCAACCUCCUGGAGGUGUUCCAAAACCAGGCCUACCGAACCCACCAGGGCAUCACCAUCUUCGUCCCCGCCGACAGGGCCUUCGCCGCCGUCCAGCCGUCGGUGCUGGCUGGUCUGAAGAAACACCAGCUCAAGAACCUGAUGAUGUACCACGCGCUGGCCCGGUUCUACGCGCUCAAGGAGUUCGACGGACUGAGACGGGCCAACCCGGUGACCACGUUCGCCGGCGGGCUGUACACGGUGAAUGUGACCUACGACGCGGGGGGGAUCCGCUUGCUGUCGAGGUGGGCCGAGGCCAAGAUCGUCGGCACCGUGUACGGGACCGCGCCCAUGGCGGUGUACGAAGUCGACAGGGUGUUGCUCCCGGAGGCGAUCUUCCGCGUCCAGCCACCCGUCGACGCGACCCCGACAGAGCCUGCCCCCGCGGCGAGCGCGCCUGACGCCAAGGGUGUCGACGCGAAGACGACGCCGGGAAAUAAGGCGGGAGGGAAGAACUCUGCGUGCAGAACGGGGAAUCGGUCCGCGAGGUACGCGGCCGCCAUGGCGUUGUGUGCCGCGACGCUGGUGGCACUUUGAUUCUGUACUGGAGAUUGACACACAAACUGCGGAGUUGUAGAUUGUAUUUUCA